UUUCAUUUUCACAUUUGCUUCUCAAACUUCAUAUGUUUCUCUUCUCUCUGUCCCUGUCUUGGAAAAUAAUAUCACUGAUCAACGAAAACGCGUAAUUCGCUUUUCAUUUGGAUUUAUGAUAAUAUAUAUUUUUUUAUUUCCCUUUCUUUUUUUGACUUGAAUUUGGCUAUUUCCUCUUGAGUUUUAUUUUCUCCAGUGUUUCAUGGGAUAUAUAUGAACUCUGUUUUUUAGUGGUUGCUUACCAAAUAGGGGGAAAGCGAGUUUCUUGAACAAGAAAUAUUGGGUUGAUUCUGACAGAGCUAGUUUGUUUUUGUUUCUUUUGGAAAAUUCCUCAGCUAGGUUUUUGAGUUGAGUACCUUCACUUAUUGACUUUGUUUCUUCUGGUAAAUUCUUCAUCUGGGUUUUUGAGUUUUGAGGUAGUGUUAGUACAAUUCUGUGUUUUUUCUUUCAUUCAAUAUCCCAUCUAUCUGUAGUGGUAAGCCAACAUUAAAAAAAAUAGCUUUAUAAGGUUUUCAUUGAUCUUUCCAUUUCUCAAUCUUUCUUCUUCCUGGCUUUUGUUUGAAACAGUAUUCCAAAUUGGUCGCUUGGAAUUAAUUCCUAUCCUUUUAUAUUUUUCAUGCUUAAAAGUCUAGUCUCUUUGUUAAAGACCUCAAUUAGUAGAGUUUGACCACUUUUUCUAAAUUAGCUAGUCUUGUUUGAAAACUCAUGCUAACCAAUUGGAUUCACAUUCUUAUAGGCAAAGUGAUCCUGGUUUUUGUUAAAGACUUGAGUUUCAGAUUCUUCGAGUCUUUGGCUAAGUACAUCUUUAUCUUUUUUACUCAGAAAAAUAAUUCCUCUUCACCUUCUAUGCCUACUCUUUCUGAAAUGGAAAACUGUAAAUCUGCAACCCCAACCCAAGAAGGAAAGCAUCAUGUGAUGGCUGCAGCUUUGCACCUCACAAAAGCCUUAGUGGGAAUUGAUUAUCUCACUGAUGAUUUGAAAAAGAUCCUCAGUGAUCUAGACUCCCACUUGUCUGCCAUGGUUGUAAUCACAGAAAGCAAAGAAGGGGAGUUUUUGGAAUUGGAACAGCGGCUUAAGCAAGCAGAGAAAAAGGUCGCUAGUUGGACGUUGAAUCAACUGAUGGUAAGUGACUGUUGCCCUAUUGAAGCUUCUCAGAACUUGGAAGUCAUUGGUGAAAUCCACGCCAUGACGGAAAGCCUCAGAGGCUUGGCAGCAGAUGAGUAUGGGAAACCAAUGGAGCUUCUUCAAAGAGCUGAGAGUCUUCUUCAGACGGCAAUGUCAAAGCUUGAAGAAGAGGUGGAUUACAUUCUUCAUCAGCACAAGCAGUACUUUGAGCCUGAGGACAUGUCAUUCCGAUCUUGUGGAUCAGAUGUGAUGUAUGAUGAGUCCUUUGUUUCUGUCGAGGAAGAUCCACAAGAAGAAGCGUUGCGAAGAAACAGCAGUGGCAGCGAAUCAGAAGAUUACCUUGUUGAUUUAGUACGUCCCCAUGUAAUGCCUCACCUUAAGUCCGUUACUAACAUAAUGUUUGCUUCAAAUUAUGCUGAAGAAUUCUGCCAAGCUUUCAUCAAGGCAAGGAAAGAAGCCUUGGACACAUACUGGGUUAGUUUAGGCAUGGAGACAUUCAGCAUUGAGGAUGUGCUCAAAAUGGAAUGGAAAAGUUUGCACUACGAGAUCAAGAGAUGGUCUUGGAUCAUGAAGAUCAUUAUCCGGGUUUAUCUUCCAAGCGAAAAAAGGCUCUGUGAUCAGAUUUUAGGGGAGUUUGGAUAUGUUAGCUCACACUGUUUCAUGGAGAUAUCAAAAGCUUUAUUGAUGUACCUGUUGAAUUUUGGUGAAGCUGUGGUAAUGGGAGAUUAUAAGCCUGAAAAGUUGUUUCGAUUGCUGGACAUGUAUGAGGUUCUAGGAGAUCUUCUCUUCGACAUAGAUCAUUUAUUGUUGGCAGAGUUGGGAUCUGAUAUCCGAAUUGAGUUCCACGAUCUUUUGGAGAAACUAGGAGACUUCUCAAGAGUAACAUUUUCUGAGUUCAGACAUGCCAUUGCUUGCAGCACAUCAACUACUCCUUACAAAGGAGGUGGUAUUCAUCCUCUAACAAAGUAUGUCAUGAACUACAUCAAAGCCCUUGUUGAAUUUGGUGAUACACUCAAUGUUCUUCUCAAGGAUCAAAGUUCAGCUUCUUCUGAAGAUCCCAACUCAGUUUUUGAGCUUGAGAAUAUGCAAGAGGACAGUUCCACUUUGACUUCUUGUCCCACAGCUUACAACCUUCAAUCAAUUGCAUCAACUCUAGAAUCCAACCUCAACAACAGAUCCAAAUUGUACAACAAUGGUGCUCUGCAAAAUAUGUUCUUAAUGAAUAAUAUCAACUACAUUGUCCAGAAGGUGAAGACCUCUAAACUCAGACUCUUUUUUGGAGAUGUUUGGAUCAGGGAGCAUAUGGCCAAAGUACAGCAGCAGGCAACAGGCUAUGAGAGAACCUCUUGGAGUUCUGCUGUUUCCUUGAUCAGAUCACAAGACGGUCACACACUUCCAAAGGAAAUUUUCAAAGAAAAGUGUAGGCGUUUCAGUGUUGCCUUUGAAGAGGUUUAUAGAAACCAGACAGCAUGGUAUAUCCCAGAUCCACAGCUUAGGGAAGAUCUUCAAAUUUCGAUUUCCCAGAAGGUAAUCCAAGCAUAUCGGAGUUUUACCGGGCGAAACUCGAAUGAUGAGAAGCAUAUCAAGUACACUGCUGAUGAGCUAGAAAACUUUCUAUUGCAUCUCUUUGAAGGGUCACCAAGAUCAUUGUCCAAUCCCCGCAGGAGAUGAGGCUUCAGUAAUGGUUUUUAAUGUUGUAGUAUUAUUUUUCUUUUUGGGUACAUUUUUCUCUAGGUACUCUGUAAUAAUUGUAAUCAAUGUAAAUUUCGAUUGUAUUUCUCGUAUGCCUACUGUUAAAAGAUUCUCAUGAGAAAAAUUAUGAUGCUCAUAUAUUGUUGUUUCAUCAACUAACAUGUGUAUUCUCUGUAUUCUCCAUGAGAAUAUAUAUAAAAAUAUCAGUUGGUUUUACGAUGGAA